CCUAGAACAUCUAUUUACUCUGUCACCACAACUCUUUCCAUCAAGAUAUCAUACCACAUCAUAUCGUCUAGGAUUGAAGCAAUCAUAUCUACCCUCAUAAACAUCUUGAAUACCAGGUGACAUUUACACUGUUCCAUUCACUCACAAUCAAGGACACUACAAUAACCAUACCUGUUUACAUUUUUCGCCCUCAUAGCUAGAGCCGGUCUUCAUAAUACGGUCUCCAUAUUGACGCUGGAAAUCGAUAUACCUCCCCACUUCUGCAAAGUCAUCCAAGAAAUAUAUUGUUUAGCGAUUUCGGUAUAUGACAGCGGCGGCAAUGUUUUACACCGGUGGUAUUAAUAGCGGGAUCAGCAAGGCUUUAGCGGAAUCUAAACUUGUUGCAUGUUUCGUAACGAAUGGCAACGAAGAAAGCAGACUCUGGGAAGAUGAUUUCUUACGAGAUUCCGAGUUAAGUUCUCACCUACAAGAAAGAACAGUUUUGCUGCGCCUCAGUGCUGGUUCUGAAGAAGCCAACUAUCUCGCUGCAAUCUUUCCUAUCCCAAAAGCUCCAACUCUUGUUGCUAUACGGAAUGGAGAACUCAAAGAAUAUUUAAGUGCAGGCAUAACCAAAGACGACUUUUUGACACGAUUCAAGAAAGCCUUGGAAUCUACGUCUAACCAGAGGAAUGUCGAGAAUGAUCGCCCUAUUUCACCAAAUGGAACGCGAACCUUGGAGAAUCCAGAACGACGUACCACCGAAGGCCAAUCAUCGGGUGUUCCACCCACUGGGAAUCCGAACAACGGUUCUACGUCCGUUUUACAAUCAAUUCGUAAUAAUGCUACUGGCCAACCGAGCUCGAGCUCUCUUCCUAGAGACCCCAAAGGCAAACUACCUGAAGAUUCAAAGGCCACUGCGGAAGAUCACUUUGGAAACCCAUCUCAAGCGGCGGAAACCGUUAGUUAUGCUGCGAUUCAAAAGAAGCGUCAGCAAGAGGCUAGAGAAGAGCGAGCGCGUAUUCUUGCACUCAUUGAGAGUGACAAAGCAAGAAGACGAAACGAUGCAGGACGCAAGCCUAAUCGUAGUAAUCACUCCACAGAACAGCCAAUGGCAUCCAGCGACAGAGACACAUCCACACUAAGCCCGGUGUCAAAGGCACAGGAUUGUGCCCUUCAGAUCAGACUCUUUGAUGGAUCUUCCAUACGUUCCAGAUUUUCUAGCACCAGUACCCUAAGUGGUGACGUGAGAAAGUGGAUUGAUAGUCAACAAAAGGAUGACGUGCCUUAUAUAUUCAAGCACGUUUGUACGCCUUUGCCAAACAAAACCCUCUCAAUGACCGAUGAGAGUCAACCCAUAGCAUCGUUAGGUCUGUUUCCAAGCGCUACACUUAUCAUUGUUCCGGUUCCAACAUAUACUUCGGCUUAUGAAGCAACAGAAUCAAGUGGCAUUUUAUCUAGAGGAAUUGCUGCUGGAUACGGCCUCGGCGCCUGGGGUGUCAAUAGAGUAUUGGCUACUCUUGGUGGCAUUGUUGGUGGUUCGGCUGCUGCAUCGGACACAGAACAGAUGGCUGGACCUAGUGCAUCAGUAGGAGGUGGCCGUGCGUCAAAUCUAAGAAUUCUUAGAGAUCAGAAUGAUAAUGACAACCAUCAUGAGUUGUACAACGGAAAAUACGCUUAACUUCGAGCCUCGGAGGGAUGAUAGUGACAGGGAAGAUUGAUCUGUGUGAGAUACUCUACUGUUCAUAACAGUCACGCACAUUGGUCACAAAACACUCUGAGGCAUGAGCCAUCAUGUUCUUCAAUCUUCGACUUUACUAUUGUGGCGUGAAUUGUAACACGACACACAUAGUUAGCUAUUGGUUCGGCCUGUAUUUGUAGAUAGGGCACGUAUGUCGUCAGUAAUGAACGUUUCAAGUUGAGCUUUUCUAGCAGCAUCGCCUCUUUGUUUUACAUACUCAUGAGCAACCAUUACAUUAUGUUCACCGAUAAGCAUUGAAAUCAUUUAGUAGUACAGAACACGGCGUCAAGAUAUAAAGUUGUUAUUGAGUAUCCAUUUAUAUGACUGAUUACGGUCCAACGAGCAUUAGCGGAAAGUUCCUCUUGUAAUGUUGCCCAAAUCAAAUCGAUGUAUUCGCCAGUCGACUAAUGGUGGAACGACUCAUGGGCUGGCCAUAUCAUGCUUGUAUUCUUUCCUUAAGCCUCGGGGCUCAUUCCAAAUGGUCUCAUCUCAAGCAAGCUUUGCGGCACCUUUCUUGUGUGGGCCGAACAGGCCAAGAAGAUAGGCCGAACGUGUCAAGAACAAGAAUACCUGUUACUCCUAUAUUUCCAAAAGUCAUUGAAUUCCAUUGAGUGACAUUUCCGACCCUUUCCCAUCCCAAGACACGGUAGGUAACAAAAAAAUGACCAAUAUCACCCAACCAACAAGCAAAGAGAUAGUUCCUAACGACUUUCGACUCCUGCGUACCGCUAAGAAUGGCGAUUUCUACCAUGGCCAUCAGAAGAUAUACCAUGGCUAGUUGUAGCGCAACAGCCCGUGCAUUAUCACUAAUAGGUAGGUGACGCGAAAUUACAACCUGCUCCUGAAUAAACCACUCUGGGGAGAUCAUUGCAACUAUAAAAGCAGCUAAAAGUGAAAUAGGUUCCAAGACUGUGAAGACAAACUUUGGGAAGAGUGGCAAGAUCGAAGCCAUGUUUAUUGAUUGCUGUGCAGCUAUGGUGAUGUAUCAAUGUUGAAAUAUUUUGUAGAUAAAGUAGGACCGUGUCAGUACCUAUGUUAAGAUUAUCCUUUCAGAUGUAGUCGUAUACCGAAGCUGCUCUGCACUUUUGCAGCUUGUGAUGGUGAAGAGUAUCCAUUGAAGCGGGUUAAGUUUGAAGGUCUAGAAGUAUUGUAGCUGUAUAACAAUUUAGUGAAUAUUUUGAUUGAAGGAGGCUUAGUCGGUGCGAUUGGAAGUAGAG